AUGGAUGUCGUAGACCUGUCUACGCAAUUUGGACCAUUACUGCGAUCAGUUGAUGUGUGGGAGUCUGGUGAUUCAGAAGUCUGUAUGCACCAAGUAGCCGACGAAGGAGGGGCCGUAGUGGACUCCGGAGACUGGCAGACAACGCUCGAUACAUAUGCCUGGAAGCCGCUUCCUCCAGUGCCUCUCAAUCUCAAGGACAAUGUGCCCCGGACCCCCAGAGCCCUGGAGACGCCUCCGGUGAAUUUCCUCCCGCAACACUCAUCGUCGCUGUGGGACAGAACCGGAGGAUCUGAUAUGGAUUCUCUAUGCCCGGUGCGGGCCGACCACGCCAUAGAACUAGACCCUAACCUUGACCCUAAAAACAAACCACUACCGCUAGAGCCAUCCGACAGUAGCAUGCAACAUCAGCCCCCAUCGGGACCAGAAAACGAGAAAAGUGGCGAUGAAGAGCCCAGAGCUCUGCGUCUCUCACCCUUUCCUACCGGCGGCACAGAUCUCAGUUGCUUGAUAGUUGGCUUGACAGCUGAACAAGGACAACUCCCUGUCUGCUUGCCAGACAGAGUGGAAAGUGUGAAGCCUGAGCGUAGAUUGCAGAUGAAGCAGAAGGUGCGUCGUGGUGCGUCCCACGUUGAUCCUUCAACGGAAAUGUCUCCCCCCACGUAUAUCAAAUGGCAAUCUCAACCGAGGUCUGCUAAUGAGGGCCGGAGUCUGUCUCCUCUGUUCAAAAAUCGAAGGGCUCCAAAGUACGUGGAUCCAGACCAGGGGUCACUGCUCCAGUCCCCGGCAAGGAAAGCCUCAUGUAUUGACCAGAGUCGUGCGGUUGAAAAUCCCCGGGUCUGCUAUCCACAGAGCCCGUUCGAACCUGAGCAGCGGUACGGGGACACUCUCUUGGCAACCUUCUUCGGGUUUGACCUAAUGGGCCAAAUCCAGCCCCUGAGCGGCGAUAGGCUACAUCGGGUACGACACCUGCUGACUACCCAGCUCCAUCCGGACCUAAUGGUCGCCGAUGUGAGAUAUCCAAUUCUUUCAUGCGUUUGGUUAAGAAACUUUAUUGUUGAAUCCCCCCAUAGGCUAGAGUUUGAUCGAGGGCGACUUCGUGGACUGAGAUUAGAGGACCAGUCCAGCCAAAACAUCCACCGUGGGUUCGGCCGUCUGUGGGACUUUUUGAAUGCCUGCGGCCCAACUCCCGACCAUGAGCCAGGCAGAGCACGCCAGGGGAAGGCAAAGAGCAAGAAGAAUCAGAUCCUGUGGUUCCAGGUAAGCAGAUAA